GAAGCAGUCUUCAAUUUUUAAACUUCUCUCCUCAACCGAAAAUUAGAUUGUGAUCAGCUCCCUGAAUAAUGUGAGCGCGUUAUUCUCCGAGUUCAAGAUUAAGGACACUUGGCAUAUACCGCUCAACCAAGAGGUGACUUCUCGUCUCGUCCCCCGUCCUCUGGGACAUUGAUAGGCUAGUCCAUUCCACAGACUUUCGAGUCCUCGCAGCGGGUCGGGGAUCGAAGGAUUGGGCCAAUUGCGGCUGAAACGUCUUUGGAAGGAGGAAGGGGGUGAGGGGGCAUCCCUCUGAGUUCCGCCUCUCCUUUUUCGAGGCGGCCGUGGGGAAGGGGGACGUACGAAAUACUGCCCUCGAAAGCGAACGGAGCACACCUCUCCGAGCAAACUGCCGGGGGGGAGCGGCGGGAAAAGGGCAAGACGGGAGUGGGGAAAGGGAAGGAUCCAGGAAGCCGCGCGGGAGGGCGCGCGCGCGCGCCCCUUUUUCAGCAGUGUGGCGGGGUCGCACGCACGCCCGCCUCGGCGGCUGGGCGCGGUUUGCGACAGUGGGGGGAGCGGGGGUGGUGGCGGCGGCAGUGGCAACUUUGCGGCAAGCUCCGGCCGGGCUUGCUUGACGGCGGUGUGGCGGAGGCCCCGCCCUAGGCGGCAGGAACCUGGAGGGAGGCGGAGGAAUAUGUCCGAGAGGGAAGUGUCGACAGCGCCGGCGGGAACGGACAUGCCUGCGGCCAAGAAGCAGAAGCUGAGCAGCGACGAGAACAGCAACCCGGACCUCUCUGGAGACGAGAAUGAUGAUGCUGUCAGUAUAGAAAGUGGUACAAACACUGAACGCCCUGAUACACCUACAAAUACGCCAAAUGCGCCUGGAAGGAAAAGUUGGGGGAAGGGAAAAUGGAAGUCAAAGAAAUGCAAAUAUUCUUUCAAGUGUGUAAAUAGUCUCAAGGAAGAUCAUAAUCAACCAUUGUUUGGAGUUCAAUUUAACUGGCACAGUAAAGAAGGAGAUCCAUUAGUGUUUGCAACUGUAGGAAGCAACAGAGUUACCUUAUAUGAAUGUCACUCACAAGGAGAAAUCCGGUUGUUGCAAUCUUAUGUGGAUGCUGAUGCUGAUGAAAACUUUUACACUUGUGCAUGGACGUAUGAUAGCAAUACAAGCCAUCCUCUGCUGGCUGUAGCUGGAUCUAGAGGCAUAAUUAGGAUAAUUAAUCCCAUAACAAUGCAGUGCAUAAAGCACUAUGUUGGCCAUGGAAAUGCUAUCAAUGAGCUGAAAUUCCACCCAAGAGAUCCAAAUCUUCUCCUGUCAGUAAGUAAAGAUCAUGCUUUACGAUUAUGGAAUAUCCAAACGGACACUCUGGUGGCAAUAUUUGGAGGUGUAGAAGGGCACAGAGAUGAAGUUCUAAGUGCUGAUUAUGAUCUUUUGGGUGAAAAAAUAAUGUCCUGUGGUAUGGAUCACUCUCUUAAACUUUGGAGGAUCAAUUCAAAGAGAAUGAUGAAUGCAAUUAAGGAAUCUUAUGAUUAUAACCCAAAUAAAACUAACAGGCCAUUUAUUUCUCAGAAAAUUCAUUUUCCUGACUUUUCUACCAGAGACAUACAUAGAAAUUAUGUCGAUUGUGUGCGAUGGUUAGGUGAUUUGAUACUUUCCAAGAGUGGCCGUACCAUUUUACAUUCCCACCAGCAAUGUAUGAAAGAUCCAGUGUCUUCGAAUCUUCGCCGGCAUUUGUCUUGUGAAAAUGCCAUUGUAUGCUGGAAACCUGGCAAAAUGGAAGAUGAUAUAGAUAAAAUUAAACCCAGUGAGUCUAAUGUGACUAUUCUUGGGCGAUUUGAUUACAGCCAGUGUGACAUUUGGUACAUGAGGUUUUCUAUGGAUUUCUGGCAAAAGAUGCUUGCAUUGGGCAAUCAGGUUGGCAAACUUUAUGUUUGGGAUUUAGAAGUAGAAGAUCCACAUAAAGCCAAGUGCACAACACUGACUCAUCAUAAAUGUGGUGCUGCUAUUCGACAAACCAGUUUUAGCAGGGAUAGCAGCAUUCUUAUAGCUGUUUGUGAUGAUGCCAGUAUUUGGCGCUGGGACCGACUUCGAUGAAAAACUUUUUCUCAGUCAAAGUUAGAGUGUGUUUUCUGUGUACAAUAGAACUAAUGUAUCUUGCUAGUAAGGGCACAUAGAGCAUUUAGAGUUGUCUUUCAGCAUUCAAUCAGGCUGAGCUGAAUGUAGUGAUGUUUACAUUGUUUACACUCUUUGUACUGUUUCCUGCUCAGACUCUACUGCUUUUAAUAAAAAUUUAUUUUU